AUGCUCUGUGAUGGUAUGGGCAUGUGUAGAUCUCCAAGCUGCAAGGACAUUAGCACGAGGCACACUCCCGCUGAACAACGAGCAGUCAUGUUGUUCUUCGAGUUCGUCUCUGGUCUCGACCAUUCCUUUCACAUCACCAGCGAAGCUCUCCAGGAUCAUUACAGGCACAUUCUCGAAGACAUCGAUGCCCUUACGAGGUGGUUCACAUAUGCAGACGAACAACAAGACGCCGCGGUCAAGAAGGAUGAGAAGAAGAAGAAGGCACUAGCUGCUAUGGAGUUGGCGUUCGGAAUCAUCACGGCAGUCUUUCAACUAUUCACCACAGCCGCCAAUAUGGCGAACUACAGACCCGACGUAAUCACCAAUUGGGUAAAGAAAGUCUCUUUGUUCAACAGAACGGCUUCGAGGUGGCAGCGAACUUUGGAAUCGACGGCCAAAAAGCUGCCAAAAGGAUUCGCGAAAGUGUCGGGGUUCAAACAUUGGGCAAGUCGGAGGACGCCGAAACCGAACGACGAUGGUACACCUGGGGAGGCAUAUGGUCUGCUCAUGCCCAAAACGAUCGAGAACGCUCAGAAGUUGUGGACCAUCACCAGUGGGGGCUGGCUAGGUUCGCAAGCUUUGACCAAAGAGGUAGUCAAAAAGAUUGACCACAAGAAGGAUUUGAAAGGGUAUGACAAAACCCUAGAAGCCGUACGCGCAGCACUCGCCGAUAUCGACAGCAACGCAGUCGAAGAAGCCCGAGAUGGAAUGGCAAUCCUCGCGUCGGGCUACAGAAGUCGCAAUGGCCACGAUAUCGUCGAACUCUUCGCCAAGGAUUUCUUCUACGGCGCCAACGUCCACUUCCGAUCCUAUGUCGACUUCGUGAUCGGAAUGAAGUCUUACGCAACCAUCAUAAGCGCUUUGUGGAAAACCGAAGGCGUAUAUGUCGUCGCGAGCUGGGCUAAACCCGGCGGUGACUGCGACCAAGACGACCGUGGACCAGCCGAAAACAAGAUCUGCCUCGAAGAACGCCCCGACAGGUCGUACUGGGUGUACGCAAUGACGAACUGUAAGGACAAAAAGAUGCGCAGUCCACCCGGAUGGGAGUAUCUCAACAGUGAAGAAGGCUUCCACGGCCUCUUCGCUAGCGACGUGGUCCGAUCUGCUCUUUAUAAAGACGAGGUCUACUGGCCGAACCGAAAGAAGGAGGAACACGACAGUAACUCCACAGGUUCAGCAUCUUGCCCAUCAGUCAACAACGAUCAGAUGCAGAAUGUGACUGCCCCGGAACCGGUGAAUUUGGAUGGCCAGGGACCACCGGACACGAAUAUGACGAGUUCAUCAGGCUCAAACUCUACCCACUUUCCAGGAGAGGUAGAUUAUCUGGAUGACUACGGAAACGCCCCCGACGGCUUCGACAUUGCAGUGUGUUACAGCUGGGACGGCGAAGCCAUCUCUAGCACCGGCAGCACGGACAACCAGAACGCGCCUUGCCAAUGCGAUCCCAUGAACCCCACAUACAAGGCGUCGUGGGCUGCACCCACCAACUGGACAAUGGCAGCGACCAAGCACUUCAUCAAAGACAGCGGCUUAUACAACUUCGACAACUUCGGCAAGAAGUGCCACGACUGCGAAAGGAUGGACACUAGCUGGAAGGCAUUGCUAGAAGUUGACGACGAGGAGAAACCACCGAAGCAUAUGAAGAAGGCCUGGUUUGGCGGCUGCGACCCUAACCAUCACAAAUCGCAUCCGCUGGGACCGAAACAGCUUACUCAGCCUAAAUCGAACUCGACCAACUCAUCAUCUGUACCGCCAGGUUGCGAACCAACGCAAGCGCCGACACCCACUCGAGAGCCCAUCAUGCAAGUUACCACCCAACUGCUUCACGAGGAGACACGCUAUCCGAAGAAUACGCCCAAGAACAUAACGUCGCAAGGCGCAUGCAACGGGCCAUACUGCAUCGUGGAUGUCGUCUACGAGAUCCAGGAGUCACACUUCAACUACACCAUCGACUCCUCUGUCCGAAACGGCGAGCACGGCUGUGAUCCCGGCGACAACAAGUGCAUUGAGCAAUCUGCCCAUGACAUAUGCGAUUUCAUCGAUGAUGAUGAAGAUGAUGAAGAAGCCAAGGCUAAGGAGGACGCGGAAUGGGAUCGAGAAGAGGUCGGUCCAGACGACGACGAGUACGAGGACUUCAUCCAGGAGGACCCCAAAGGCAACGGCACAACCCCAGGUAACGACAAGACCCAAAACGACGGCACAACUCCCGGCGACAACGGCGUUCCAAACAACGGCACCUCCCCCGACAGCCAAGACAAGAAGAAACCCGACAACGAAGCCAUGAAAGCCUUCAAAGCAUGGCUCAAGAUGCACGACAAACGACAAUCAUGUGUGUGCGGCGGAAACGGCAAGAACGGCCAACACGGCAUCCAUUGUUUCCCAGGACCUGUCGCCACGAGAACCACCACGAUCAAGGGCCGCAUGAGCCAGACAGCCAAUCCGUUGAGUCCUUUAGCUGCUACACCCACUGGAGCCAGAGGUGGAAGUGCGGCUGCAAGUGGGACUGGCAAUGUGGUGACCAACGUUGUCGCCACGAGUGAUGUGUGGGUCGACGCGCGAGAAAUAUCUGUUGAGAUGCCGAGUCUGGGGACGCCUACGGAGACGGCGAUGUUUCUGACGGGUAGCUACGCUUCGAUCGCUACGUAUGGGGCGGGGGGUAUGGACUGA